AAUGUUUUAAGCUCUAACUCUUUAAUUGAUUUUGUAAUGAGUUUCCUUACUUAUAUUCUAUUUAUUCUUUCUCUUACAGUUUCUAGUUCCAUAGCAGGCGAUAUCACAUCCAUUACUCAAUCUAAAUUCAUCAGUGAUGGAGAAACCAUCGUUUCACCAAAUCGAUUAUUUGAGCUUGCUUUCUUUAGUAUUAAGAAUCCAGACAAACGCUAUCUCGGAAUUCAAUUCAAGAACAUUUCAACUCAAAAUGUUGUCUGGGUUGCAAACGGUGGCCAGCCAAUCAAUGACUCUUCUGCAGUUUUGAAGCUAAACAGUUCUGGCAGUUUGGUCCUUACUCACAACAACACCGUUGUUUGGUACACAAAUUCUUCCACAAAAGCGCAGAACCCAGUGGCGAAACUCUUGGAUACUGGUAAUCUUGUCAUAAAAGAAGAUAGUGUUGAUGAAACCUAUCUGUGGCAAAGCUUUGACUACCCAUCUAACACAUUGUUGGCAGGUAUGAAGUUGGGAUGGGACCGUAAAAGAAAAUUGAAUAGGCGACUCAUAGCAUGGAAGAGUGAUGAUGAUCCAACACCAGGAGACUUUACUUGGGGCGUGGUAUUGAAUCAGUACCCUGAUAUCUAUAUGAUGAGGGGAGAAAAAAAGCUCUACAGACUUGGACCGUGGAACGGCUUGCGUUUUAGUGGUAGGCCAGAGAUGAAGCCUAAUCGUGUUUUCAGUUACAAUUUUGUCUACAAUAACGAAGAGGUUUAUUACUCGUGGAACAAUAGAGAUAGCUCUCUAAUAUCAAAAGUGGUACUUAACCAAACCAACAACGAACGUCCUCGCUAUACAUGGUCAAAUCUCGACAAGUCAUGGAUGCUUCAGUCAAGAAUGCCAGGUGACUAUUGUGACCGUUAUGGUCUAUGUGGAAAGAACGGAUAUUGCAGCAUUACUAAUUCACCAGUAUGUGAAUGUUUACAAGGGUUUCAGCCUAAUUUUCCUGAAAAAUGGAACUCAAUGGACUGGUCCGAAGGGUGUGUCAGAAACCCUCCAUUGAACUGCAUCAGUGAUGGAUUUGUCUCAAAGGCUGGCUUGAAAGUUCCGGAUACUGUAAAUACUACCUUGGACAAGAGUAUUGGUCUAGAACAAUGUAAAGACAGAUGCUUGAAAAGUUGUUCCUGCAUGGCUUAUACAAAUACAAAUAUAAGUGGAGCAGGAAGUGGCUGUGUUAUGUGGUUUGGUGAUUUAUUUGAUAUCAAACUUUUUCCAGUAGGUGGACAAGUUCUAUAUAUCAGAAUGCCUGCAGAAUUAGUCAACAAUAAUACUGAGGAUGAGCACAGGAGGAACCUUACAAAAAUAGUUGUAAUUAGUGUUUCUGCAGCUUUGGGAAUGUUUUUACUUGCUAUUUACUUUUCCUACCGAUUUAGGAAGAGCAUUGCUGGGAAGUCAAUGACAGAAGGUGACUAUGAAAGAUAUAUGGACGAUCACGAUUUUCCCUUGCUUAGUUUGUCGACAAUUAUUAUUGCCACCGACAACUUCUCAGAGAAGAACAAAAUUGGAGAAGGGGGUUUUGGACCUGUUUAUAUGGGAAAAUUAGGAAGUGGGCUAGAAAUUGCUGUAAAGAGACUUUCACAGAGCUCAAAACAAGGGAUGACAGAGUUCAUUAAUGAAGUAAAACUUAUUGCAAAUGUUCAGCAUCGAAAUCUUGUAAAACUUAUCGGCUGUUGCAUUCAGAAACACGAAAAAUUGCUAGUUUAUGAAUACAUGGCUAAUGGUAGCCUAGACUACCUCAUCUUUGAUCGUACCAAAAGUCAACUGCUAGAUUGGCCUAAGCGUUUCGACAUAAUAUGUGGAAUUGCUAGAGGGCUUAUGUAUCUUCAUCAAGAUUCUAGAUUAAGGAUUGUCCAUAGAGAUCUCAAAGCAAGUAAUGUUUUACUGGACGAUACUAUGAAUCCAAAAAUAUCAGAUUUUGGAAUGGCUAGAACUUUUGGGGGAAACCAAAUUGAAGGAAACACAAAUAGAAUUGUGGGGACAUAUGGGUACAUGGCACCAGAGUACGCUAUUGAUGGACAAUUUUCUUCGAAAUCUGAUGUUUUCAGCUUUGGUGUUUUAAUAUUAGAGAUUAUAUGUGGGAAGAAAAACCGAGUGCAUAAUCGUGCAAAGCAAACCCUUAACCUUGUUGCUUGUGCAUGGACAUUCUGGAAACACGGAAGUGCUUCACAACUAAUUGACUCAAACAUAGAGAAUUCAUGCAUUGUGUCAGAAGUAUCGCGUUGCAUCCACGUAGGGCUCUUAUGCGUGCAACAAUACCCGGAAGAUAGGCCUACCAUGGCUGAUGUGAUUCUAAUGCUAGGGAGUGAAAUGGCAUUGGAUGAUCCUAAGGAGCCAAGUUUUAUCACAAGGAAGGAAUGUGUUGAAGCAAAUUCAAGCUCAGGUGGGAAGGAUAUAAGUUCAAACUAUGAAAUGACCAUAACUACUUUAAGUGUUCGAAAUGUAAACGAGAUUCUUGUUCUGCAAGAGUUUACCAUGUUUAGUUCUUGGACAUGUCAUGCAAUGGACAUUCUUUCUUUCAUGACUAUCAUGAUUGCUUACAUGAUUGUACCCAUUAUAGCAACUAGUUCCAUCAGUGUGUCUGAGUCUUUAAGAGAUGGUGAAACUUUAGUUUCAAAAGGUGGACAAUUUGAACUGGGCUUUUUUAGGCCGGGCAAUUCUACAAGACAUUAUCUUGGGAUUUGGUACAAGCAGUUGCCUAUGCAAAAAGUUGUUUGGGUUGCAAAUAGGACCAACCCCAUCAACAAUACCUUUGGCAUCUUAACACUGAGUACCACAGGCAACCUCAUACUCAGCCAAAAUGAAACUUCUGUUUGGAGUACAACAGCAGAGAAACAAGCACAGAAACCAAUAGCAGAGCUCUUGGACAGUGGCAAUCUUGUGAUAAGAAACCAAGGAGAAACAGACCCAGAAGGAGGAGCCUACUUGUGGCAAAGCUUUGACUAUCCGUGUGAUACAAUUUUGCCAGGGAUGAAGUUGGGAUGGGAUCUCAGAAAUGAUUUUGAACGGAGGAUAACUUCUUGGAAGAGUCCUGAUGAUCCGUCGCCAGGAGAUCUUUCUUUGGGUCUUGUGCUUCAUAAUUAUCCAGAGUUUUAUCUGAUGAACGGAACAGAGAAAUACUAUCGGAUUGGACCAUGGAAUGGACUUCAAUUUACUGGCUUGUCGGAUAGAAAACAAAAUCCUGUAUAUGAUUUUAAGUAUGUUGCUAAUAAUGAUUUGAAUUAUGUGCCUAAUAAGGAUGAGAUGUUUUACUCCUUUACUCGCAAGAAUUCUUCUCUCAUAGUUAGUGUUUCGGUGGACCAAUACAACUUUGUGAUCUCUAUGUGGACAGAGGAUUCUUGGCUGUUGUACUCAAUCACCCCAGCGGACGUGUGUGAUAAGUAUGGAUUCUGUGGAGCCUAUGCCAGAUGCUCAGUUGACAAUUUAGAUCUUUGCCAAUGUUUAAUUGGGUUCAUUCCAAAGUCACCGCAACAAUGGGCGUUAUCAAACUGGAGUCAAGGGUGUGUCCGUAACAUACCGUUAAGUUGCAACAACUCACAAGUAGAGGAUCGGUUGUUCGUAUACAGAGGCGUCAAAGUACCAGAUACUACACAUACUUUAUUGUAUGAGACUAUUGAUUUAGAGUUAUGCAGAACCAUGUGCUUGAAUAAUUGCACUUGUACAGCUUACACUAAUUCAGACAUAAGUGGAAAUGGUAGUGGCUGUGUCAUGUGGUUUGGUGAUCUAAUUGACAUAAAACUGUUUUACACCGGUGGCCAAGAUCUCUAUAUCCGUCUAGCUCGGGAAGAAUUAGAGACUUCAAAUAGAGAGGCUUCAAAAGGGCGCAACAAAAGCGUGAUAACCAUAGCUACUACCACUGCUGCUGCGAUUUCUGGGAUGCUAUUAUUUUGCAUAUAUGCCAUAUAUAGAGUCCGAAGGAGAAUUGCUGAUAAGUCAACGACAAAAGAUAACAUUGAAAAGCAUCUAGAGGAUAUGGAUUUACCUUUAUUUGAUCUUCAAACAAUUGUUAUAGCCACUAGCAACUUCUCCUCGAAUAAUAAGAUUGGACAAGGUGGUUUUGGAUCUGUAUACAAGGGAAAAUUAGCAGAUGGGCAAGAAAUUGCCGUAAAGAGACUUUCAACUAACUCUGGACAAGGAAUUACGGAGUUCCUAACAGAAGUAAAACUGAUUGCAAAACUUCAACACCGAAAUCUGGUCAAGCUUCUUGGGUGUUGUGUUGGAGGACAAGAAAAACUACUAGUAUAUGAAUACAUGGCUAACGGUAGCCUUGACUCCUUUAUCUUUGAUAAAAUAAAAGGUAAACUGUUGGAGUGGCCCGAGCGUUUCCAAAUAAUAUUUGGAGUUGCUAGGGGACUUGUGUAUCUUCAUCAAGAUUCUCGAUUAAGGAUAAUUCAUAGAGACCUUAAAGCAAGUAAUGUAUUGUUGGAUGACAAGUUGAAUCCAAAAAUAUCAGAUUUUGGAAUGGCCAGAUCUUUUGGAGGAGAUCAAAUCGAAGGAAAUACAAAUCGAGUAGUUGGAACUUAUGGAUACAUGGCACCAGAGUAUGCUGCUGAUGGACAAUUUUCAAUCAAAUCAGACGUCUUCAGCUUUGGAGUUUUACUAUUGGAGAUUCUAUGUGGGAACAAAAAUAGAGCACUUUACCACGAAAACAAGACACUUAACCUAGUUGGUUAUGCAUGGACAGUUUGGAAAGAGGGAAAUGCAUUGGAGUUGAUUGAGUUAAGAAUAAAGGAGUCGUGUGUUGUUUCAGAGGUAUUGAGAUGCAUUCAUGUGAGUUUGUUGUGUGUGCAACAGUACCCGGAGGAUAGGCCUACAAUGACAUCUAUAGUUCAAAUGCUAGGUAGUGAAAUGGAAUUGGUUGAGCCUAAAGAACCAGGUUUCUUUCCGAGGAAAGCUUCUUGUGAUGAAGGGAAUAAAAAUGAAAUCAGUUCAAAUGAGGAAUUAACCGUUACAUCUCUUAAUGGUCGAUGAAAAACGCGGGUAGUAGAUUACCUGGUUGUUGCUGCCAGAAUCGGAGUCUCGCUGCGUGCCACGGCCAAGUUUCGAUGGUUGCUCUCUUUAGAAUCUUGUGCGCCACUUGAGAUUAGUUUCAAUUUUUGUAUUUAUUCUCUUGAUUUCAUUUGGGUUUUCAAAGACAUGGUCCUUACAUUGAGUUGGUUACUUCACUCAAUAAUCUUGAUGAACAUGGAAUGUGAUGGAUUAUUAAUUGGGGAAUUUUUUACUUUUGCAAGAGGGGAAGGAAAUGCCUUAACACAAGAAAAAUGAGCUUAGAAAUUUAUUUAUUUUUAUUUUUGAGUGAUCUACCUGAAAGUGUGAGAGUGUGUUAGGUGAGAAGACUCGUUUUUGUCCCAUUGAUUCAGAAACAAGGGAUGUUAGUGUUCAUUUAUAAGUUAGAGAAAUUUUUGUGAUUUUUUUAUUUAAAAUAAUCAUUAUUUUAAAACUAAA